UGUGAUAGAAUAAUGGGCGCAAGCCGUCAGGCUUGUCAGAAAUAUCCAAGAAACCCGCGAAAAAAAAUCACGCGGUUGAACAUUUAGAAUUCUUUUUUCGGAGUAUGAACAUAUGUCUUUUGUGGCUUUUUUGGGUAUUUGUAAGCUGCAUCUCCAGUGUAAGAAUAAUUGAGGCUAAAUCUUUUAAACAUGGUCAAAAAACUGGUACAGUUUUAUUCGAAAGAAACGAUUUUCGAAAGCAAUGCUGGACAGAUGAGGAAUUUACUAUUCUUAGUAGUCGGAGGAUGUUUCAAGAUCUUCUACCAAAUGUGAAUGUCAUCGAUCCCCAGAAUGAUCAGUACAUAGCGCACCUUAUGGACUAUUUUCACAUAUGCCUCGAGAGUGUGCGGAGGCUGUCCGUGGGCAAAACGAAGCAUUUGAUGUUGAAAGCUCUGGCGGACACUCUAGGCGGUUACUUGCGGGCCUACAUCCUCCCCAUCACAAGGCAUUCGUAUUACGCGGGUAACAUCAAGUAUCGUAACACGAGGAUGCUGUUCGAGCUCUUCGACGAGCUGAAGGUCUUCCUUCGGACCAACGGCGCCGGCUGGUCGAAGCCCAGCCAGGACCUUCCAAACAUCCGGAUCCCUCCCAUCGUAAUUACACCACCGAAAACGUCGGUCGCCUGUAACGGGCUUAUCACGUAUUCGGCGUCUUCCAAACAUGACGGUGAUUAUCGGAGCUUCACGUUCAGAAAAAAAAGACGGUCCACGAUGAAGCAGGGACAUUCGAGACGUGCGGUCGAUGGCUACAGAAAUGAGGCGACAACGAGCGAAGUCGUAAUACCCCUCCCGAUCCUCGAUAAUGAAGCAGAGCCUAACAGCAUCGCGCUGCCCUUCAAAACCGACAGCCUGCAAUCAUUGUACUCGGAAAAGUCGGCUUUCAUCCUCGUGAAGUACUACAUCACCAGCGUGAAGUGCAUCACCUCGCGAUCGAGCACGAAAACGCGGCUGCGAACGUUCAACAGGGACUUCUACGCCUGGUUGCAACGAUCUGUACGUCGACACCUAGACGACGAGAAGUGGUAUCCAGCAUUCGGCGGUGUCCUCCGAGUACUGGCUACUUUGCGAGAAUCGGAUAUUGGCGGCGAUAUAAUGAAGAGCAGAACAAGUGGUACUUAUCAAGUUAUGCCCAAAGUAGGCGCGGAACGUGUGAGUCAGGCGGACAAGAGUGCGUCGUCUCUUUACAAAGGAAAGGGAGAAAACAGUACAAUGACGCUUGGGCCGACGGAGCUCGUGAUUAUAGCACUGGUAUCCGUACUGGUGAUAUGGUUAUUGGUGGGUUUGUGCUUAGUGUGCUACAAAUUCCUCACCAAACCUUCCGAGGGCUGUCCACCCUGCGAAUCAAAGGCUACACCAUUUGCGGUUCUCUAUGAAAACUCAGACUAUUGCCAGCCGGAUACGUGCCCCUCGAAGUCGCGUAAGGGCGUGGUUCAAAAAUUGAAGGAAUGGUGGAGAGAUAGGUUUGGACGAUGCCCAGGGGGAUGCCAGGAGCACGCGGACGAGGAACGUUGCCUGGCCGCAAUCAGUUACAACAGCAAAGACGUCAGCAAUAGCAGCAGCAGAGUUUAUCCGAGAAAAAAGUACACUAAAUCUACGUCCGCCCCGCAAUUAGGAAUGCCCAAAGGUCGCACGGUUUUCAAACAUAGCGUUUGCUACAGUUCCGAAGGAUCGACCACUUACUCCGACAGUCCAGCCAAGCUGAGAUAGCAAUUAGAUAAUAAAGAAUGAUUUCGAACGCCGGGACACGUGUGAAAGGAUAUUAUAUUUCCCCUUUAAGAUGUACCAUUUAACUUUAGGACUUAUAUUAAUAAAAAGAGUAAAGCUUAAUA